AGAUUUGUGUCAACAUCAAAUGCGCUUAUUUGAGUAAACUCUCAAUUGGAUCCAGCUGCAAAUUCUGUUGAAAUUACAAACAAAAGCGAAAGGAAGUCAAUGAGGUGAAAAAAAAAUCAAAAGCGAUGCAAAUGCAACAAAACAUAUCAACAGUGCCACAAUAAGCGGAAAAUAGGUUAAUAGAAGUAAAAAAAAAAUAAACAAAGAAAAAAGCACAACAAUCAACAAUUCUCAUUUAUGAAUUUGUGGAUUCAACACUUGUGAAUACAAAUAUACAAACAUAUCAGAAUAGCAGAGCUAUAAAGGACUAUUAUAAGGAAAAAGGCAACUAAAAUAAUAGCACUUCGAUAGUGAAUUAAAAAAAAUAAAAUAAACCAAUAAAAAAAUAGUAUUAUUUUACAACAAAGUACAAACAAAUGAACACCAAUAACUGGAAUCAACUGCUAAAGCAACAACAACGACAGCAAAUAUUUAUGUUAAGUUGAGCGCAUACAAACGUUACGGCAUAUACCCAUUUAUGUGUGGCUAUACAUACAUAUAUAUAAUUAAAUAAAAAGUUAUUCCUUAAAUGCAGCGUAGCAUAAAGAAUAACAGCAACUACAAAGGGGUAAAUAUUAGCAACAAGCGUAAACAUAAAAAAAAACACUACCAACAAAGGGAAAUACAACGCAGAAGCAAACAAAUUCUAAUUGAAUGCAAAUGAAACGGCAGCAGUCCAUACAACAAACUCUUCUAAAGUGGCUACUGAAGUAACAACAACAGAAACUACUCCAAAAACAAUAGCAACAAAGCAAACGACAUCAUAAAUGAGAAGUGCGAAAGCGGAAAUGUUGCAGCAGCUAUAAGGCAGAUAAUAGCGAUAAAACAACGAGAGCUGCAACAAGCAACAAGCAACAAAAUUAAAGCAAUUGUUGUUACCACUUGAGAAGAACCAACAACAACAGCCGUGAAAAUAGCAGCGCAGUGCAAUAAAUCGACUAGAAGUUUAGCAAAUAAAGCGCGCAACCAUAUCAUAAUUAACAAAACCGUCUAUGGCCACAGGGAAAACAAGACGAAGCAGUGACAACGCCUAGCAGCACAGCAACGAUAGAGGUAAAGGUAAUAGGAAGUGACUAGGAAUAAUAACAAGACAACAGAAGGAGGAGCAUUAGAGACCACAGCCGAAGAGAGUGGAAGCUAGAAAUAGCAGCCUAGGCGAAAAGCUGAGUGUGGCAAAGCAAACGCAACGUAAAGCAACUAUUAGCACAAAUAUUCUUGAAAGCAAUAGCAAUAAUGAAAACAAAUGAAUAGCAACAACAGGCAAGCAAACAAUGGCACAUAUCGAGCAAUUACAUCGACGCUUUAGCUGAACGGAGCAAAAUACACAGACAUAGAUUUUCCACUCAGACGCUUACUACGCUCACUCGACUGGUAAAGCGGCCGUUAGAAGAAGGUAGAUAAGAGAAGGCGCGAGAGAAGGGAGUCCUUGUAAUGCAGCAAACAUACAUAUUUGUGCACAAACAAAUGUAAUGCUGCUCAGUUAAGCGAGUGGCAGCACAUCGAAGGAAAACAAGGAAGAGCGCGCGCGCUAAAUCUAAUUAUCCGCUACAACGACUUCAAUAACAAACAUUGCAUGCAGCAAUAAACCACAACAACACAACAGCAGCAACUUCACAAGCAACAACAACAACAUAUAACGUCAGACUGUAUCGGUGGAGCGGCAGCAAGUAAGCAAAAUUGCCGCUAUUGCUGUCAAGUGGAGAGCAACUAAGUAGUCGAUUGUGCAAAGCUUAGCAACAACAAAAACAAGUAGUGGAAACAGCAAUAAGCAGCUGCAUCAACAACAAAACAAAGACAUAAGUAAAAGACAAAACAUAAAAAUCUUGCGCUCGACUGCACUCAGCGCAUCUGGAGCGCGCGCACCCACAUACAUGCAUACACAUGAAAUACAUAUACAUAUGUAUGUGUGUACAUAAAGGACUAUAAGCGCGUUUAUGAGCCAAGCCAGUGCGAUUAAAAUUGUAUGCAUGUGUGGAUAAGUAUUUUGUGUUAAGCUUGUGCUAUCAUCAAGAGUGUAUGUACAUACAUAUGUGGCUAUUAUAUUCAACAACAAAUUUUCAUUGUUCGAAGCGGUUGUUGUUGCUGCUGCUGGUAUCAUUAAUGCAAUUUGCUGCAAAGCGGAAAUAGUUGACGGAAAUUAAACGGCCACUUAAAUUCCGGUGUUGCGGUGACGCCAUUCAAAUCGACGAGGCCCGUAACAACAAUAACCAACCAUAGUAGUUACAACAAAACCAAUUGAAAUUAUUUCACAUACCAUCAACGCAUGUCAACUGUAAAAUGAGUUGAACGUAAGUUAACAACAAAACAAAGACGAAACACGCAUAUUGAAAGCUUUCAUAAUCGAGCGUUUUUUGAUUAUUCGCUGGUACUUGGACAUUUCCAAGUGUUAUUUGCAAAGCAAUAUUGGCCACGCAUAUAUAAAAAAAAAAAAAAAAACAAUUCAUCAAGGUAAUCAAAUUGAAUUCGUAUAUGAGCAGUGACAUGUUAAAGGCAUGUGUAAGAGAGAACUGGGUGCAGCUAAUUACACUGAUACGCGAAAGCUUUUUAGUGGUUUAUACUUCGUAAGUGGCAGCGCAAAAUUGAGUUUAGUCAAAACCGUAACAUAUAGGUAGAGUUAAAAACUAUUCCAAGUGUACAACGCUCGAAAGCUGCAAAAGCUUUUUUUAAGAAAAGCUCUGAAAGCGAUAUUUUCUUUCAACUUAGCAGAAACAGAAGAACGUUUUUACAGCGAAAAAUAUGAUUCAACCCGGCCAAUACUAGAAAAAGUUUUAAUUUCGUGAGCGCCAGAAUAAAACCCACGCAAAGUUUUAAAAAGCUCGGACAGCGGAUUUCGUUGUGACCAUUAUUGAAACAAAUAAAAGAACCACUCGCUAAUAUGGACACCUAAAGUUAAGUGUAAUAAAGAAAGCUUAUAUCGCGAAUUUAAAGAAGCUCAAAUAAGUUUUAGAGCUUUUAAACCAGACAAAAACAUUCAAAUCAACUGAGGAGACAGGCAAAUGUAGUUGUAGAUGAACCUGAAAACGCACUCAACAAUAUAGCCACGUCAUAAAAUAGUUGGGCCAAAUUAACUACUAUGAGAUACACUUAAAAAAUCUGACACUCUUAAAAAAGGUUAAGAAAAAAUAUUCGUGCAGCUAGGGAAGCUUGCAGGCCUUGUGUCAGAAAUGGUCUCCUCAAACGGUGUCUCAGUAUCCGCAUAACCAAAUAAAAACUAGAGUCCCCUAAGUAAAGUAGUGUAAAAGCUUCAAUAGCUACCUAAAAGUGGAAAACUUGGAAGCUGUUAGUUAAUUCAAAAAAGCUCGAAGCUAAAUUAGAAGCGCUUUGCGUAAAUACCAAGAAAGAAGAGAAAGCUUAACCUGUGCAGCUUAAAGCUUAUUUAAAAGAAGUUAAAGAAACGUGCUUUUACUAAUUCAGAACAUGCCUAGUGAUCGAACAAUAUGCAAUGAGAAAAGGAUUUAAUUAUAAGGCAAUUUUACAGCAUCCGAAACUUUGUGAAAGCUGCAAAACUACAGAAAUCAUAAGCCUCACACCCCUUAGAAAAAGCGCAGUUUAUUAACCAAUGAAAAUUUCUCGAAUAAAUCUGCAAAAUAGAUAAUUAAUAACUUGGAUGAACCAGUGCUUAAUACAAAUUCUUGCCAGUAGAUACUAAACCUAAGUCCAGCACGCAUAUCAACGAAAGCACAAACAAUCUCAACUAAAGCAACAUACUAAGCAAAAAACAAAAAAAAGAACAUCAGCUCAGCAACAGUUGAUACGCUCCUCUGACGCAAAUCACUUACCCUAAACUAGCCUCGUGUCAUCCCUCCAGCUACUUUAUAAAAAAUCAAUUUCGCAACGAAAAGUUACCCUUUGCCACGGCUGUUGUUUCGCUGCGCUUUUACUUUUUUUGCUGCAGUAGCCACUUUCUUCCGUUUUGCCAUUACUUCGCUUCCCUCGUCAAAAGUUCCGCCCAACUCACCCUACCACUGAUGACUGCCGCUAAAAGACGCGCAAGCAGUGGCGCGACAAAUCACAACAACAACACCAACAAUGAUACGGAUGAAUAUCAACAACAAACGCAACAUCUCCUCCAACAUCCACAACAACAAUAUCAUAGCACACAGCAACGCCAUCCAUACCUACAGCAACAGCAGCCGUUGCAGUCGCAACAACGUCAGCAUCAAUAUCAUUAUCAACAACAACAACAACAACAACAGUAUUCGCAGCAUACGUCGCAUUCACAAUUUCAAUCAGAAAAUUAUCAGUCACAUCAUCAACAGCAACAACAACAACACCAGCGACAACAACAAUCAUCGUUGCGUGAUUGUUCGGUGAAAUUGCCUUUGGAUAUUCUAUGGUUACCAAAAUCUGCGAUGCGGCCAGUGGGGCCUGAUGCUUCGCACACCGACUGCAUACUGGUUGUUGGUGUCUCCCGUCCGAAAUUAGCUGUAGUAUUUCUAACGGUUAUGUUGGUAUCAUUAUUCCUCACUUUCCAUGUACUCUACGAUAGCGCCGUCUAUAAUAUACAAGCCGCGCAAGCCAUUACCGAACGACAUCGAUUGCGUUUGCUCAACAGCGCUGGCGGGAGCGGCGGCGGUGGUGGUGGUGGUGGUGGUGGUAGUGGUGGCAGCAAUAACAACCAUUUACCGGAAUUUAUAAAACCCGCCGCGGCUGCAGUUGCUGCAGCUGCAGCAUUAGCGGCCAUACCUUCCUCGAAUCAGAUUAGCCAUCCAAUGGUGUUUCCCUCGAAUCGUGUGCAUUUCCCAAAGACAAGUCGUCGAUUGCCACAGGCUCUCAUCAUCGGCGUGCGGAAAUGUGGCACUCGCGCUCUUCUGGAAAUGCUUUAUCUACAUCCUCGCAUACAAAAGGCCGGCGGCGAAGUGCAUUUCUUUGAUCGUGACGAGAACUAUCUGAAAGGACUGGAAUGGUAUCGCAAAAAAAUGCCGCACUCAUUUCGUGGUCAAAUAACGAUCGAGAAGAGUCCGAGUUACUUUGUGUCGCCAGAGGUGCCGGAACGUGUACGCGCCAUGAAUGCCAGCAUAAAACUUUUGCUCAUUGUACGUGAACCGGUGACGAGGGCCAUUUCUGAUUAUACACAAUUACGAAGUCACGCGGCAACGGCCACGCUGCCGCUAGCAGAUGGUCCUCCGCCACCUUCGCCCGCGCCCGCUAAGCGUAUCGCCAGCACUUAUCAACAACGGCGUCAAGGGCGGUCUAUUGAAACAGCCGGCUCUGGCUAUGGACCUGGGUCGAGCUAUGCGGCGGCAGCAACGAAUCAGCAUCUCAGAGCGACACAGCAUGUAGCGCUUUAUGGUAAAUCUAGCAAUUCCUAUGUUCCAGCGCAAGUGUAUGAUAAUGCAAUCGGCGGAGGCGGAGGUGGAGGUGGAGGCGGUGGAAGUGGAAGUGAUUCUUAUACAACAGCGCCAUCGCCCGGUUCGGCGGCCGCGGCAGCUCAAAUUGCAAGCAAAACAUUCGAGGAGCUCGCCAUAUUCCCCAAUGGCACGGUGAAUGAGUCCUAUCGCCCACUAACCAUCUCUCUAUAUCAUUUGCAUUUGCAUCGUUGGUUGGAAGUCUUCCCGCGUGAGCAAUUACUCGUUGUCAAUGGUGAUCGAUUAAUUGAGGACCCCGUAUCGCAACUGAAGCGCAUUGAAACGUUCCUAGGUACAUAUUUUCGGCACGUGCAUAUCUACUUAGUACCUAUAUGCAUAAAUAAAGAAAUAUUCUGCAAAAUAAACAAACAAAAACUGAAUAUCAUAAGCGUAAAACGGCAUCAAAACAAAAUGUGGCAAAAAAUACGGGCAGUAAAGCAAACCGGUCAAACAUACGCCAGGCUAACAAAUUUGAGCUUUGCCGGCUUUCGGGCACAACAAGUGCGCACAGAUUAUUCGAUCGCGACCAAACAACAACUUAAUGAACUCAUAGAUUACAAUGCACCAGAACGCACUGAUCCCGAAUGGGUGAAUGCGAAGGAAUGUGGGACAAUACCUGGACCAUCCAAGUAUGGAUUCUUCUUAGCGUUUCUACCUGGAGGUGAAUUUCACAAUUUGAACUACAUGGAGAUGAAUAAAAUCUUGCGCAAAAGAUAUGGGGACAUGUUUCUUCUGAAAGGCAUAUUUAGUCGACCUAGUACCGUAUUCACCUAUAAUGCUGACGAUUUCGAAACGAUAUAUCGCAACGAAGGCAUAUGGCCUAUACGUGAGGCAUUAAUGACAUUCGAUCAUUUUCGAAAAGUCAAAAGACCGGAUUUUUUCAAAGGCAACAGUGGACUUGUAACUGAACACGGUCGCAGCUGGGGUGACAUGCGCAAUAAGAUUAACUCGGUCAUGAUGAAGUCGGCCAGCAUACGCGCUGAUCUACCACAAAUCGACAAAAUUUCUAUGGAAUUUUUAGAGAGAUUUGAGUCUAUACGCAAUCCCAUCACCGGUUUAUUGAAAAAUGAUUUUCAAGGUGAGCUGAAAAUGUGGGCGUUUGAGUCGGUCACAUAUAUUGCGUUGAAUAAACGUUUGAAUGCAUUCAGUGCGAAUGGUAGCGAAGAUGCGGCAACUCUGGCAGGCAAUUGUGAAGAUGUUUUCAAUCUGAGUUUUGUUUUGGACAUGACGCCAUCUUUGUGGAAAUAUUUUGAAACUCCUGGUUUUAAGAAAUUAAUGCGCGCCUACAACAGCGUUACGGAAAUCACAUUCAAAUACAUAGACGAGACUAUGAGACGCAUAGAAGCGGAAGGUAAAACGGAGGCGAAUAGCGUUCUAGAGAAGUUACUGCGUAUCGAUAAGCAUUUAGCUGUUUUGAUGGCCAUAGAUAUGUUGAACGCCGGCAUGGACACUACUGCAUCUUCAUUUAUCACGAUUCUGUAUCAUUUAGCGCGCAAUCCCGACAAGCAGGCGGCACUACGUCGUGAACUAAUCCGUAUAAUGCCCGAUCCAAAAACUCCGCUAACAGCCGAAAAUACCAAAAACAUGCCAUAUUUGCGUGCAUGCAUCAAGGAAGGGCUACGCAUCACCCCCAUCGCGCCGGGUAAUCUGCGCACGAUGCCCAAAGAUUUGGUGCUCUCCGGUUAUCGUAUUCCACGCGGUACUUCGGUUCACAUUGGCAAUAUGGCACUGUGUAACAGCGAAAAGCACUAUCCACGUUAUAAGGAAUUCAUACCUGAGCGCUGGCUGAAAGCGAGCGAGGACGCUUGUCCAGAGUUGCGCAGCAGUAAUCCCUUUAUUUAUGCCCCAUUCGGAUUGGGACCGCGCCAAUGUGUGGGCAGGCGUGUGGCAGAAAUGGAAAUGGAAACUUUGUUAGCACGCCUGAUACGAAUGUAUCAAGUAAGCUGGUCCAAACCGGAAGAAAUACAGUAUAUUAGCAAUUUAAUUUUAAUACCGAAGCCGCCUAUGCAUUUUAGAUUUAUGCAACUUGAAGAGGAAGAUUGCGCCAUAGGUAGUUUGGCUGUGUAGGAUGAAAUACUUUUUUUUGUGAAUUGGAAUUAAGUAAAUGUUAAUUAUUAUAACGUAAAAUUGUUAUUAGGAGAUCAACAAGAUGUUUUUAAUGUUGGAAAGUCUUAAAUCCGGGAUGAAAAAUAACAGUUUUUGAAAUUUCAAUUUGUCUACUUAAAGGAAUAUUAAUUUUAUACUUUGCAGUCUAAUAUAACAGUUAAAAUUUUAAUUGUUUUUUGCGAUCGAAAGUAGACAUAUAUUGGCUUCUGAUCGGCUUGCCAACGAACAAAGAAGAUAUAAGUCGUUUGAGCAAUAAUAUGCAAAUAAACUGUUAUUUUUAUCGAAAGAUUACAGUUACAUUUUUAUCCGAAAAAAUAUAAGUCGAAUUAAGAGAUAAUUUUUGUU